GUGUACUUCCGGUUUUAUAGACUGAGUGGAAAGGGAAAAGAAAACAGCGAAUCACGAUGAACAACAAGUACCCACCUUUAGAGUACAGUGGCCCCUAUCCCAUCAACCAACUCCUCCGAGCCAGGGAAAAAUUGAUUUUUCACAUGGAAAGAAACUGCAGUAGUAAGUUCCAGAAAAUAAAAAACAAAUUAGGUUUUGGAGUUCCGUAUUAUGAGAAAUAUAGGAACAAGGAUCCGACUAUACACUGGAAUCUCUCUAGAGAAGAGAGCAACACAAUGGAUUCAAAACCUGGGAGUAACACUAAUAGUGAGAAGAAACCAGGGAAGAUGGAAACAACUUUGAGCGAGCCAAUGAAAGGGAAAAGAAAACACAUUGAUGACAGUAAUCAUGAUAGAUCGGAUGCUGAACCCAGUACCAAAAGACAUAAAACUGACACACAUGUUCCCUUACAGAGGACUAUCAGUAACAAAUUACGAGAUGGAAACGAAACAAGAGUUGUCAAUGGCCCAGUCACAGGUUCAACCAGUAUAAAUAGCACAGAAAAUGGUCAGAUAUUCUUUUGCUUCAAAUGUGAUUUCUGCCCAUUUUCUACUCGUCACUAUCGUCAGGCAGAAGCACAUUUGAAAGAGAACGCUCACUUCUCGGCCAGUUUGUAUAAAGCCCGUUCACUGAGUCAGUCAGAAUGCCAAGAGGAGCCAGUCCUGAUGUUUGUAGUCAAAAAGAUGGCUGUAACCAACCAAAGUGCCAGAUGUCAAACAUUAGUGGCUGUCUGUCCAGAGUGUUCUAGUAUUUUUGAGGACAUCUUUACGUGCAGUAUCCAUUACCAAGAGAGACAUCAAAGGGAAGUAGAAGCCAACAAUGCACCUCAAGGGUGUUAUGCCAUUUGCCGUAUCCUGAAUGUCCAGACCUUAGGACUGAAGCAUUUACAGUGCACCAAGUGUGAUAAUGAUAAGAUUUUUAAGAACCGAAAAAAGUUACGACAACAUUGGAAACAGAAGGGACAUCACCCAUUUCCUCCUUCAGAGAAACCUGUCCUUAGGCUCUUUUUGUGUCCAUACUGUAACAGGAGCACGCAAGUUUUUGAUAGCUGUUAUAAACAUAUAAGGGUGUGUCAGUUUGGUUUAAGAUCUAACAGUAGUGCUCAUGUAGAAAAUGAUUACCAAGAAAUGAUUGUCAAACAUAUUUUGCAUCCAGAAAAUACAAAGACAUUGAAACUUCUGCCUUCAUUGCAUGAGCAAGAAUUAAAAGAGAAGCCUAAUGUUUGCUUCAACUCAAAGGAUUUGAAAGGUGGGCAUACGACAAAAAAUUGUCAAAAAGUUGUCGACACAAAACAUUGCACCAAAAAAAGAAAAAAGAGCAGAUAUAGGAAACGAACAUUUAAUGCCAUGUAAAUAACACUUUCCUCUAUACAGGGAUGUUGGAGUUUUGUAUUCAUUAGAGAAAAUUGUCACUAAGAGAGUGUUUGUCUUUUUAUUACUUUUUUUUUCAGUAACUUAAUUUUUUCUUGCUUGUUCUGUUGAAAAUCUUUGCUAAGCCCUGAAAGUUUCAGAGGGCAGUCUAAUGAAUUUCAGGCAGAAUUAGCCAAAUCAUAUCUAUUUGACUUAUCAAAAUACCACAGAGCCACCAUGGUGAAAUUGGCAUCCAAGCAAAUAAGGUUUCUGAACUCCUUGCUUAGUUUCAAAACUGAAGAACUGAUGUUAGAUAUCUUGUGACUAAGACAUUCUGUUUAGCUAAGAUGGCCUUUGACUAAAAGUUUGUCUUUGUUUGCAUUUAGACUAUAUAAGACCGAAAAUUAUUUUUAUUAGUACCACCAGGUAUUUUGUUACUAAAGGCUCCAUUGUAUCUAAGUCAAAUAGCCAUCUUAACGAAUUAUAAGUCUCAAUUCAGGAGGUCCUAGGUUAUGUCAGAGUGUCCUACAUUUUUCUUUGGAAACCCCUCAUAACAGACUUAGAGUCCCAUGCUUUCAGUAAAUGUUAGAAAUAUUUGUGAUAUACAGGGGCAUAUCUAGAUAUAUUUUUUGACAGUCUUCCAAAAUAUCUUUGUAAAUCCAUCCUCCAUUUUUGAACGUCUUCGGGAAAAAAUAGAUUUCCUUCAACUUAAACUUGAAAAAUUCCAACCAUCUUCCGGAAGACCAAGAAGACGGUAUCCAUCCACCCCUGGACUAUAUCAGACGCGUUCCACAUUUUAAGUGACAUCAGAAGACCAAGAAGACAGUAUCCAUCCACCCCUGAACUAUAUCAGAUGUUUUCUGCCUUUAAAAUGACACCCUCCCACCCUCUAUCUCUUCAAAAAUACUUUCACUUUGCUUUAUACAAUUUAUGCUGACUUGAAGGACAUUAAGAUACCCAUACAAAUGAAAUUGGCUAUACAGCAUAUUUUAGGAUGAUUUGUCCUUAUGUCAACCAGAGGCAAAAACAGUUCCUAUGGCAUGUUAUGUACCUUGUUAUUGAGUUAUGAAUGAUUGCAGUUUCCUUUAUGUUACAGUCACUGUGAUUAUACCUGUUAGAGUUUUCACUGUAUUAUUAUUUAUUUUAUUAAAAUUAUUAUUUAAGUCAUUUAUAGUGUUGAGGGUAAACAAUUGUGCAAAGUUAACAAAUUUGUGCUCAAUAAACAUUCUUAUUAUUAUUAUAGAGAAUUUGACUGCAGAUGAUUAAUUGAUUUGACACAACUAUUGUUUACCUGUGAACCUGAGAGGCAUUUCUCAAUGCCUAUGCCUAGAAGGGUCCAGGAAAUCAAUCUCGACCUGUGAGGAAAUUGCAAUGCACUUCAAGAAAUUAUCUUUCUAUAUACAAAGUACAUUGAACUUGGUGACAUGUUCAUUAAUGUUUUACCUUUUUGACAGCUUUGUUUCUGUUAAGCUGCAAGAGAUUGGGGGAUAAUGAUGGUGAUGGAUUGGCCUUUUUGUUGCAGGUGCAAUCAUAGCUUAAUCAAUUUCUGUGAAAAUGGAUUGAUCAGCACAAGGUCCUUACUGCUCUGCCCAUGUGUAUGUUAAAGGAGGUCUGGAUAUCUCAAACAUUUUGAAAAUGUGUGCAAUAAACUCCAAAAGCAAAUCCAUUGGAACAAUGAUGGAAUCAUUUUUGUUAUACAAUUUUUUUCAAUUUGUUGUAAAAUGGAAAGAAUUGUUAAUCUACGUCAUUUUGAUAAACAUUUUUGGAAAUUACUUUAAUACUCGAUUGAUGUAGGAUUGUUCCUAGUAUUUUAUGACAAAACAGUUUGUGUCACAUGCAAUUUUUAUUGUGAGUUGCUACAUUAAGCUUUAAGCUUUUACAUUAUCAAAGUUAAUAUAAAAAUAAGGUUAAUAUG